AUGAGAUCGUCCCGUGGGAGGGCGCUUUCGUCCCCCGUCACCGGCCGUAAGCGAGGGAAGAGGGGAGGUACGGUUUCCCGGGCCAGGAAGAGGCAGAAGAGGCUCGACGCCAUAUGCGAUCCACCUCCAACUCCUGCCGUCGGUUCUUCGACGCACCACGCCACCAGAGGGGAAUCUCCGGCGGAAACUAACGACGCCGCGCUGCUCCGUCGUAGUACGCGUGUCCGGAAGGCGCCUGUCUUGCUGGAAUUCUCCCCGUCGCCUAGCCGCGAGAAGAGGCCCAAAUCAGGGAAAGAUAGGGGCCGUGCGAACAGUGGUGGUCGUAGUAGAAGGUUGAGGGAUAAAAGGAAUGAUGCCUCGGCACUGGCUUUGGAGGUGAAAAAGGAGAUCGCACCGCUGGAGGAGGCCGACAAACCUGGGACCUCGCAAGGAUUAUCGGAUAGGGAGGAAGCUGCUGAUUACUGUUCGACUCGAGCAUCUAGGGUUGGCAAGGGACAGAGCAGUGUCUCUGCUGCGUGUAAGAGGAAGCUUUCUUUUACGAAAUCGCGUGAGCGCUAUGGAGUAGAUGAUCACUCCUUAAGACCAGGGGAGGAUGUAACGGAGAAUCUGGGUUCAUUCGCACCGGAAUCGAGUAGGAAGGGUGCGUGGAGACGGAAGAGGAGGGGAAGAAAGUUAGAGGAGAGGAAUCAAAUUCCACGUGUACUGAGCGGCAAUGAAGAAAAGAGAUGUCCUGACAAUGCCCUUAGAGAACAGGAGAUGUCUGAUUUUCCGUUGAACGAUAACGAAGAGAAUCGUGAGAAGACCAUUCUUGAAGAGGAAAACAGAACGGCAGCUCAAGAGGAUUCUCUUGUAGAUGGAAGGAAAGUCGUCGGCGAGACAGUCCUUUCAGGAGGCGAGGACGUCAACACAUGUGAGGAAGGUUUGCCACAUGACGAAAGCAAAAGUGCAGGACGUGGAGAUGUUACAGAGGGUGGAAUAGUGAACCAUGAAAAAUCCCCGGCAGAAGAUGAAAACCAAUUUGCUCUGGAGGAAGUCACAUCAAAAGCUGAAGGCAAAAUUUUCUCCAGGGAAAGUGUACCAGGAGAUGCAAGAGUUGCAGGUGAGAAAUCUCUACCAGAAGGUGAAAAUAAAAUUACUCUCGGAGAAGCCUUGUUGAUAGAUGGGAGAGUUUUUCUUGAGAAAGCCAUGCCACGUGCUAGAAGUGUAAUUGAAGCCUUAGAACCCUUGUCAGGAUGUGGGAGUAAAAUUUCCUCCAAUAAAGAUUUGCCAGAAGAAAAAGACGAAAGUUCAACUGAGAAUGCUUCACCGGAAGAAGAAGGUAGAAUUGUAGCCAAUGAAGCCUCUCCUGCAGGAGAAACCAAAGUCUCUACAAAUGUAGUAGGCAUAGAAUGUGGGAGCCAACCAGAUUUGGUGCCUGGAGACCAUAUAGGUCAAGAAGAUGAGGUAAAACAUAUAAAUGAAAAUGGAGGCAGAUUCAGUCAAUUAGGUAGAGAAAAAACAGCGCAUAUUCCCUCCCUACAAGGAAAUGGUGUGAUUGACAAUUACGCAGACAUACAGAUAGGUGGGUGCGAAACAAGAGUUUUAGAGAGCCAUAAUGUAUUGAAGCCAAGGAAUUCCACGCGGCCCAGUGAUGUUGCUUCCCUUGAUUGUCCAAGGGUAAGAGAAGGAAGGAGAUGCGGUCUGUGUGGGGGUGGAACUGACGGAAAACCUCCAAAGAAGCUUGUUUUGGUGUCUGCUGAAAGUGAUAACGAACAGUACAAUGGAUCAUCGUCUUCUGAGGAACCGACCUAUGAUGUUUGGGAUGGGUUUGGUGACGAACCUGAGUGGCUUGGACGGCUUCUGGGUCCUAUACGUGAUCGUUUUGGUAUUGCUCGUGUUUGGGUACAUCAACAAUGUGCUGUGUGGAGUCCAGAGGUACACUUUCUUUACCACGUUCCUCGAGUUUCUUAGGUUCCUUUUUAUUUCAACUGUCCUAUAAUCCUCGAUCUCUGAGGGGGUUUCUGUAACUCUCAUUCCAUGGUCAGUGAUCAAUUCAAUUUUCACUUGAAAUAAAUAUUCCAUUUCGACGAUCAUGUGAAGGAUUUUUCUGUUGCCUUCUACCCUUUUUCUUUUCUGUAUUUUGUGAUAUGAUUUUUUUUUCUAAUUAUCGUAUAUUAUCUUAGAUUUUCUGAUUCACUGGUUACAUAUCUUUGUAGAGCUCUUUUCAUCUGGAUAGAUGCCAUUAUAUCAGUUUUUCCAAUGUAGCUGCAGCUUUAAAUACUUUCUAUUAAAAUAUAUUCGGCCGAUCUUCAAAUGGUUGAUUUGAACUGCGUUAUAGACGAACUGGACGACAAAUUGAGGGCCAGAAAUCGAGUCUUCUAUCUUUUUGAUGACUGGAUUUUCUCAUAAACUUUUCUGUCAAAUGUCUCUUUCUAAAUUUAUGGUCCUGUGCUGAUUUAGAGUCGUUGGGAACAAGAAUCAGCUUCUUUUUCUGCUCUUGAAUGGUGGAGAGGCAUGGGAGAAAAUAUGAAUCGGCUUGUGGUAUCGCAGAUCAAAUUACUGACUUAAAAGGUGCUACAACAAGGUUUCCUCAAUACUGCUUUAGGGGGAGGUGUUGAGGUCUGCAGAUGGUAUUGGACCUGUAAAGUUCCCAGUAAGAUCUGUCAUCCGCAACUACAAUGAUUGCGUUUUAGAGUUCCUGAGGAUAAUAUGGAAGAGCUCUCAUGGACAGCUGUCCAAGGUAAUUUUUCUAUAGAGGUGACCAGCAGACAACUCUUUCCCAGGUUGAUUAGACUCGCAUCAUAAUCUAUUCUUUUGUUAGUUGUGUACCUGAUUUUCUAUCAAAAACCAAUGACACCAGGAAAUUAGUAAAAAGUACCUAUGCUAGAGGCCCUUACUUCUCGGAGUUUUUUGGUCCAUUUUGUAUGUGGACAAGGAGGGAGGUGGAGAGCAGUAUCUAUGGCAGCUGGAAUUUGUGGUUUCUUCAUGUGCACUCAUUCGUUUAUGUUGUGCAAUGAGAACGUCUGCUUGAUGGAUUGAGUAUCUCCGAUUUCCUUUAUUGAGGAUUUUUUGGGCUGGUUAAUGUCUUAUAUAUUAAUGAGUCGUGGUGUUUCACAAUCUUCUAAAAAUUAAUGAAGGAUAUGCAGGUUCCCUUAGCAUCUCUAAAAAAAUGAGACCCUAUUCGCAAAGUAGACAUGAUCACUAUGGAUUCAAAUCAUGAAGUCAAAAUACUUUGCUGAUAGCAACGGAUGGAAAUUUCAGUCUGCAGCCAACUGACUGUUUGUAAGGUUUGGACGAGAAACCUGAAACUUCAAGUCAACAUGAACUAUGGAUUCAAAUCAUGAAAUUUCUGAUACUUAGGAUGAUCCUUUGUGCAGGGAGAAUACUUGAUCUACUAAUUUAACCAUAGUAUCCGUAGCUUAGAAAAGUUAUUUGCUUUGGUAGAUUGGAUUCCACAGCCUCGCCCUGUCUAUUUCCAGAGAAUCUGGGGACUUUCGUAGUUCGAAACUAUGAGCCAAGUAUGGGAUUUGUUGUUUCUCAGACCCAGCUCGAAUUGAGAACUCAUAUAUAUCCCAUCUGGUUUAAGAUCGCUUUUGAAGUCGUUUAAUAGUAUACAAUGGUCGAGGUGAAGAUCUGAAUGUGUAUCAUGAAAAAUGUCGUGUAUUAGUUCGCUAUAAAAUUGAAGCAUAUGUGUUCUACUGCUUUCUAGAUUUUUCCACACUGCAAGUCCCGUGUUUGCAGGGUGGUUCAGGCAAUGUCUUCAUUAUUCAGAUUGUUUGGAGCUGUGUCUGUGAAGCUUUUUCUGUGGCUCAGGGAAUAUCUAUUCAUAAUUAUCCAUGGUACUUUUUCUACAGGUUAUGAUUCAUUUUAUUGAAGGAUUUAUUGUGUCUCAUAUGAAAAAAGUGAAGGCUUAUUGCUGAAGGUUAUUUUUGCCCAGAAUGUGUACAUGUCAAUGCCUCAUCGACAGUCCCUGAUUAACUUAUCCUGUCGCAUAAAUAACUGUUUUUUCACUUUUUCGUAUAUUUGUAUGAUUCCUAAAUACCUUUUGUCUCUACAUCUAUAUGGACAUACCACAAUCUAAUGCUACUAUUUUACAUUACUAAUAUUUUUAUGAUCUCAUGUUUCUUACACUUAUAUAUCUACUCUGUCACUGUUAUUUUGAAGUUUUGUCGAUUUUUGGAUUUAUUGUCAGUGUGCUGUGUUUCAGGUUUACUUUGCUGGACUGGGUCGCCUGAAGAGUGUAAGAGCUGCUUUAUGCAGGGGGAGAGCAUUGAAGUGCAGCCGUUGUGGGAGACCUGGUGCUACUAUUGGUUGCCGUGUUGAUCGAUGUCCGAAAACAUAUCAUUUGGUUGGUGAAUUUGCUAACCAUGAUUAUCUCCUCUGUCUGUGGCUCUUCCCAUUCUCAUUGAUAUUUUGUUUUGCAUGUGGUGUCUGUUAAUACAGCCUUGCGCCCGGGCUGAGAAUGGAAUAUUUGAUCAUCGCAAGUUUCUCAUUGCUUGCUCAGAUCAUAGGCACCUUUUCCAACCCCAAGGAAAUCAUUAUUUACAACGAAUUAAGAAAAUGAAAACAAAAAAGAUGAGAUUGGAUCUGAAGAAGCUGUCUAAUGAAGCUUGGCGAAAGGAUUUAGAGGCUGAAGAGAAAUGGUUAGAGAACUGCGGUGAAGAUGAAGAAUUCUUGAAACGUGAAGGCAAGAGACUUCACCGAGAUUUGUUGAGAAUUGCACCAGUGUACAUAGGAGGUCCUCGUUCAGAAAGUGACAAGUCAUUUCAGGGUUGGGAAUCAGUAGCUGGGCUUAAAGAUGUCAUCCGAUGUAUGAAGGAGGUGGUUAUAUUGCCUUUGUUAUAUCCUGAGCUCUUUAGUUCUCUAGGGCUUACACCUCCGCGAGGAGUUCUUUUACAUGGGUAUCCUGGCACUGGUAAGACACUUGUGGUUCGAGCAUUGAUUGGUGAAUGCUCGCGUGGUGAUAAACGGAUAGCUUAUUUUGCUCGUAAAGGUGCAGAUUGUUUGGGAAAGUAUGUUGGUGAUGCUGAACGGCAGUUAAGACUUCUUUUCCAGGUUGCUGAGAAAUCCCAGCCAUCUAUCAUAUUCUUUGAUGAGAUUGACGGGUUGGCUCCAUGUCGCUCUAAACGGCAAGAUCAGACACACAAUUCAGUUGUUUCGACUUUGCUCUCUUUGUUAGAUGGUCUAAAAUCUCGUGGCUCAGUUGUAGUGAUAGGUGCCACCAAUCGUCCUGAUGCUGUUGAUCCUGCUUUAAGGCGACCUGGUCGAUUUGAUAGGGAAAUUUAUUUUCCAUUGCCAUCAGUUAAGGAUAGAUCUGCCAUCCUCUCACUUCAAACAAAGAACUGGCCAAGACCUCUAUCUGGAUCUCUUCUUUCAUGGAUAGCAAAACAAACUGCUGGCUAUGCAGGUGCAGAUUUGCAGGCUCUUUGUACUCAGGCAGCCAUGAUUGCUUUGAAGAGAAAUUGCCCCUUACAUGAGAUCUUGGUGUCCGCUGAAAAAGGUUCUGGCAGUAGCAAGCAACCAUCCUUACCGUCAUUUUCGGUUGUGGAAAGGGAUUGGCUCUCUGCUCUUGCAUGUGCCCCGCCUCCAUGCUCUAGAAGAGAGGCUGGAAUGGCUGCAAAUGAUGUAGUUACAGCUCCUCUUCCCACACAUCUUUUCCAUUGUCUUCUACAGCCUUUGUGCUAUCUUCUUAUCAAUUUUUACUUCGAUGAGCGCAUCUGGAUUCCACCUCCUCUUUUCAAAGCUUCAAAAUCUGUGAAAGAUGUGAUUUUGUCUGCAUUACAGCAGAUGAGAAAACCCAUUACAUCAUGGAAAUCUCAUCUUCCCUGCCUGAUUCAGAAAUCAGAUGUUGCACAGGAGAUAGAGAGACAUCUUUCUUAUUUCGGUUUGUUAAGCAGUACUUCUACUCUUGUUCCGUUUUGUAUAUUAGAAAAUGAAAAUGAUGACAAGCUCGACAAGUUUGAUUUUCAAAGAUUAAAGAUUCAUGGCUCUUCUAUUCACAGUUUUUCAAUGUCAAAUAUAUCUGUUGGAUUGGGAAAACCAUCAGGCUUUCGGGUAUUAAUCACUGGAACUCGCAGAUCUGGUCAACAGCAUUUGAUUGCUUGUCUACUCCAUCAGUUCCUGGGCCACAUUGAAAUUCAGAAAGUUAAUCUGUCAACAAUCUCUCAAGAAGGACGUGGAGACAUCAUUCGUGGGAUAACACAAAUUCUCUGUAUGUUUUUACAUGUAUAUUUGGUAGUUUUCUUGUCUUAUGAUGACAUUGCUUUUUUUUUCGUUGUAUGAUCGUAUGAAACUAGCUUCCCUUGUGCUAAUCCAGACAAUGUCAUCAUCAAGAGUUUGAUAAUGGGUUUAUUUGGCCCCCUGUUGUAGUUUCCAUGCUGUGAUAAUAUUCGGGAACAAUGGUCGUUAACUUUAUCAGUUCCUUUGCGAUGUGGUUUACCGUUAAGUCCUCAUAUGAAAAGCAAGGACGUGUGUCCGUGGGGGUGGUUAGGUGGUGCAGAAGCUCUAGUGUCCUGCAGAUUCCCUGGUCUCUUCUGGGCUCUACCCUUCGUCAUGCCGGCCCUGCCAAGCAUUUUUGGAUAUCUAUUGAGAUAUCUGGACACCUGUGAUAAUACCAGGGACAAUAAGCAAAACAUCUGUUUAAAUGUUGGUAAAAUUAUUCAGCCAUUCGUAAACACUUGACUAAUGUAAUUUCAGAAUUAGCUACGUCUGGCAGAAUUUAAUUUACUCAAAUACAGCUUGUCAAAAUAUUUUCGAACCUCGGAUGCCAGAUCCCUAAGGAAAGUUAACUCCUCUGGUAUUCCUGCCUUUUGUUGCCAGUGUAUGUUUGACCAUGACCAUUGUACAAAAAUUGUAAAAGUUGUAUCUUUGGCUGUUAGAGUUUUUUUUGUCGUAUGCAGUUAUCUGUAUGAGAAUGUUGUAUGGAUGUUGUUUGUGACUUCAUUAAAACAUUAUUGUUAUUCUUCAUGUUAUCUCAAUAUACAUGUGUUCAACAUGGCCGUGAGGCUGACUCAGAUACUUUUAUCUACUUGAUCAAGUACUUUGAUUUACGUACAGUACAUAUUUUUGUUUUGGAUCCAGUCAUGGGUGUUAAAUCUUGCAGGUCAUCAAUUACUAAUUGUUUUCUAAGCUCUCGUUUGCAAUGUAAACAGUGAAAUGUCUGAAUGCGGGCUGGUGUGUUGUGUACAUGCCCAGACUUGAUCUCUGGGCAGUGGAUGAGGUGGAUCAGCAGGACACUGAAGAGAGUACAUAUAAAAAAACUGGAAAAGCUUUCAGUAGAGAAGCUCCUGGCAACACUGCGAAUCGCUCUUCACUUGCUUGGGAUUCUUUCAUCGAGCAGAUGGAUUCAAUGAGUGGAUCCUCAUCUCUUAUUGUUCUGGUAAGAUUUUGUCACGGUAGCAGUAUUAAGCUGCUUGUUAUCUUAUGUGAUCUUUACUUCUUUCAAGAUUACAACUUUCUAGCCUGAAAAGUUAUCAUGUACAUGCUAUUCUUCUAUCGAAAUCAAUUUUUUCAUUUCUACAUAUGGUACCCUGGUUCUAAACUACUAAAUCCGUUAUGUCAUCUGCUUGGUAAUUUCCACAAAUUUUCAGAAAUUGCCCCUGAACUGUUUUUUUCAUACCUCCGAAUAUCUUGGCAGGUGGUCAUUUUCAUUUUUGAAGCUGUACAGAAAUAUUUGUCAAACUUGGAUUUUUUUUCAUUGCAGUAUAUUUUUCCUAUAUAAGCAUUUACAGUCUGGACUCUUGGUAUGCAUUUGUUACGUUUUGAUGUUUGAGUUUUUGGACAGUUUCAUGGUGUAGUGGUUCUUAAAAGCACUGGACUACUUUGUAGAAUGUGCAAACUAUUUGACACAGUGUAUCAUUAUGGAAAUAGUUAUUCUAAAAGAAAAAAAAAGUUAGAGAUCAGGGGUUGCAAAAGUCAUCUGUUAAUUUUUUGGAAUUGAGGCAAGUCACAGAAUAGGGGUGAAAAAGACUAGUAGAAUUUUAAAAGGCUUGAGGUUACAAAAGGUAAGGAGAAGACUUACGUCAUAAGAGGAGAAGUUCGUACCAAAAAAAAGUUCCCAGAUGAUAUCUAUUGGAACUAGGAAGAGAAGUAUCUUAGAAGUUAGUUCAUCACUGAGACUUUGUUUUUGAUAAAAUAUCUGACCCAGUGGAGGGUGGAAGGUGUUCAGAGUUCAUUUCUGCUCCUGCUCUCCUCUUGACCAACCUUGUUUUCUUUGAGAUCGAGACGAGGAAGACUUUAUAAAAGGAGAACGCUGAUGAUAACUUUGACCCAGAAGGAACAGGGGUCACUAAUUACUAUUAGGAGGGAAAUACGAGUUUUAUAUGGAAAGAGCUUUCUCUUAAUCAUUUGUCAUGAAGUGGUGGCAAGGGAUGACAUAUAUCUGAUUUCUGAAGCAAGGUGGGCAAGCUGAUUCUCAGAGGUGAUGUGCUUGAGAAGAAUACUGGAGAAAGUUGUAUAAGGAAAAAAAUGGAAAAUAGUAAUGGUAGAAGAUGAAGUGCGGCUACAAAGGGUAUAUUCAGAUAUGAAGCUAUUGAUUGUGAGGAAGCCAUUGAUUUCCAAGGUGGUGGAGAAAAUCUAAAAUUCAGAUAUGAAGCUAUAUAAAAGUACAUGUACUCCGACAGAAAAUACAAAGUCGGGAUGCAAGGGUCACUUCUGGGAAACCAAAGCCUUCAUGAAUAUCAUGAUAUGAAAUGUCAUCAGCUCUAGUAGAUCAAGAAGCAGGUGAAUCUCGUGGAUUUGAUAUUGCAUCAUGGGUUGAAAUUGUGUGCCGAUUUAUGCUGUAGAGAGGUGAUACUCUAGCUUUGUUCACACACAAUUCAUCUGGUGAAAACAGUGUGAAAUUUUCUCCCGAAUACUUGUCGGAGCUAGGUAGAUGCGUCGUUUGGUUCCAUUUACCACGUAUGUCUCCAAAACUGUCAGUUGAACACUCAUUCCGGUCGGGGGUCUGAUGUUUCCUUUCAUGUAGAUUCAAGGGUGCUUUAACCCCAGUGUAUAACUAGAGAAUGGGGAAGUCUAGCUCCAUUUCCCCUGUUUUGGAAACUUGAAAACACCCUCGUCUACGUCGUUUCCCCUUGCUUUUGAAGGCGACUCAGCCAUGUCGUGUGUAUUGUGAGUACUAUGUCAGGAAAUUUAUAGUGGGUCGUAUCUGUUACUCACUCGUUUAAUCCUUUUUAUUUAAGAUUUAUUGAGAGGAUGAUGGACAGACUUCAAAAGGUGGCCCAAAGAUUUUGUGAAAGGGAAUGAGAGUUGUACUUUCAAGUAUGCGUUCAUUUGUUUUUUGCUAAUGCCAUGUGUAUAAAUCGCUUUUAGAAAAUAAUUGAAUCGCACCUUGAUUACUGUCAUUGCGGAACUUUGCGAUCCUUUCUUUUCAAACUACAAGUUUCCUAUUUAGUUUAUUGUCUGAUACAAUAGCAAUGAACUUCCUCGGUCUUUACUCAUUCCUUGCAUUUGCAGGCUACUUGUGAGAUGAAAAGUCAUGAUAUUCCUUCCAGAGUCAAGGAUUUUUUCACCACAGUUAUGGUGAAGAGCGCCAAUACGGCAUCUUCAGAACACACGAUACCUCGUUUCUCUGUGGAGCUUGACGGAAGUCUUAACCACAACCUCGUGAUUAAAUCAUCUAUAGCAAGAAUAUCAUGUGAUUUCCUCCAACAGUAUGUUCAGUUGAUUCAUCGAAGAAGUCAUGAAAGUAGCGUGGACGGGGAACCCCAUGUUUUGUACAAUAGGAAAAUUGCCCAAGAAAGGGAAAGUCCAAUCAUUCGUGAUGGAGAAGCAACAGAGGGAAUCUGCACUGUGAUUGAUCCUGGAAGAAUAUCGUCUAAUCGUGGAGCUUCUUCUAGAGAUGACCAAUCUCAGCAACCUGUGAACGGUAGUGACAGACAAAAUCUGAUCUCCGAGGUCAACAAGGAGGUUGACGUUGUCCUACAGGGCGGUCAAGAUUAUCUUUUAAGAGCCCCUUCAAAUAGAGUUAUGAAGGGGAAUUCGGGAUUAAUGAUUGCCACUCUUGGUUAUCAAAUCCUGCAAUAUCCUCAAUUGGCUGAGCUCUGCUGGGCGACCUCAAAACUCAAAGAGGGACCCUGCGCGGACGUAAGUGGACCUUGGAAGGUUUGGCCAUUUAACUCCUGUAUAAUACAUCCAAACGACUCGGUCGAUAAGGCAGCAUCUCCAUCAAUCUCUAGAAAUGUGAAAAAUAAGGAAAUUUCUGGUGUGGUCAGAGGUCUGAUGGCUGUUGGGCUUCUGGCAUACAGAGGCUCGUAUGCAUCAGUCAGGGAAGUUUCUUCUCAAGUGAGAAUCGUUUUGGAGCUCCUAGUUGGACUAAUUAGUGAGAAAAUUCAGAAUGGCAAAGACAGAUAUCGUUACUUUCGCAUUCUGUCACAGGUAGCUUACUUAGAAGAUAUGGUCAACAGCUGGGUAUACACAUUCCUGAGGUACUACUCUUCGUAUACAUCGCUAAUAAUUUAUCGUGUAAGUCGCCAAUAAUUAUGGAAUCAUUUAGGACUAUUUGGUCCGUCAAAUGGUUCAUAUCUCUGUUUCAGUUGGCUAUUUUGUGAACUUUCCAAUUACUUCCAAGCAUUGUCCUCACUUUCGGGAAACAUCACUUAAAUUCAAUCAUUUCUUAUUCUCUCCUCUGUAUUAUCCUGCUUUAUUUGAACUCAAAUUCCGUUUUUAUACAGAUCAUUCGGGAAAAAAGGACAAGGACGACAACCCAAAUGAUUGCAAGCUGUUUGUUCUCUCUGUUUUAUCUGACUUCAAUUUUGUUUUUGCAGAUCAUCUGGGAAAAUGGACGAGGAUAACAAUGGAAAUGAUUGCAAGCUGUUUGAAAAUGAUCCACCGGUCCGUGUUUCAUGUGACAAAAGCUGUAAUGGAGUACCAGAGACAACACAAGGAAAGACCCCCGAGAGUCCUGGGCAGAAUGGUGCGCUGAUGAACGCAACGAACUCCGCAGUUCCAGGAAUAGAGGCUCCCAACAUUAUGUCGUCCUCCACUGAUCUCCUCAGUCCAGGCCGUGAUACUUCUAUUGCUUUGCCUAGGCCAGAAGAAACCGGUAGAACAGAAACCUCUGCUCCUUCCUCCCUCCCCCGCAACAGGUUGGAAGUUCCAGGCACUGCUGACUGUCAGCCAGUGGUAGAGGGCAACUCCAUAUCUAAUGCCCAUAAUAUGGACCAGGCAGUCUCAAUUGAUUCUGGUUCAAGGCAUCCCAGUGAGCUGUGCAACAGUGUGGAGGCUAUUAAUCCCCUCAACUCUGAAUGCAGUGGCAAUGGCAAGAUCUUGGCCACCUCUGAGACAAUAUGUAUCUAUGACUGUUGCCCAGAUUGCCUUCAGUCCAUCCAUGUUUCGGUUCAAGAGAUUGUCACCCGCUGCUGGGAAGCUAGUGGGCACCCCCCAACAGUUGACGACGUCCAUGAUAUUGUCACACUGUGCUCUCUGAACCUGGUAGCCGCUGUGAGGAACCAUUUUCUCUCUCUAGAUGGCACCAAGUCUGGAGAGCAAGCCGAAGCCUGCACUGGCCAGCAGCCCAUGGAGGGCACGAAGUUCUUUCCCAGAGAAUGCAGCCGGCACUCAAGCAACAGGGGAGCUUCUCCAUCGGAGGGCAAUUUUCCUAAUGAUUCUCGAUUGAGACCCGCGUUGAAAUUUCUUUUUAGGGAUGGGACGUUGCUGGCUUCGAAUCCUCCCGAAGGUGCUGCACUUCAUUGCAGUUUUGGGAAGCUGUGCGUCCAUUCUGUAAUCGAGAUGGUGUCAUCGAUCAAGGAGCCUCUGGUAUGA